UCUCACUGUGAUUGGCCGCUGUAUUUAUCCCUCCGCUGCAUGGCUGAAGGUGAAGCGGUUCCCAGUCAGUGAGUCAGCCCUGUCUCUCAGUCCAAAAUGUCAUCCAGUGGACUUUUAAACAUGCACGCACAAAUCUGUAAACGCCUGGCUCACAAGUACCUGUCAAGAACAUACACAUCUCGCCCUUCGCUCAAUGAAGUCGUCAUUGUCAGCGCAGUCCGCACUCCAAUGGGCUCCUUCAGAGGCAGCCUGGCAGCAGUACCAGCCACCAAACUGGGCUCUGUUGCCAUCAAGGGAGCCAUCGACAAAGCAGGAAUCGCCCCUGAAGAGGUAAAGGAAGUCUACAUGGGCAAUGUGCUGCAGGCGGGAGAAGGACAGGCCCCCACAAGACAAGCCUUGUUGGGAGCAGGCUUGACCCUCGGCACUCCAGCAACAACCAUCAACAAAGUCUGUGCCUCGGGGAUGAAGUCUAUCAUGAUGGCAGCUCAGAGUCUGAUGUGUGGACACCAGGAUGUGAUGGUGGCCGGCGGCAUGGAGAGCAUGUCCAACGUACCGUAUGUGAUGUCCAGAGACACCCCAGCCUACGGAGGAGUGAGGAUGGAAGACCUCAUCGUCAAGGAUGGACUCACUGAUGUCUACAACAAAUUCCACAUGGGGAACUGUGCAGAGAACACAGCCAAGAACAGCAGCAUCACCAGAGAGGAGCAGGACACCUACGCCAUCGGCUCGUACAGCCGCAGCAAAGCAGCAUACGAGGCCGGCAUCCUGGCUAAGGAGAUCGUACCAGUUAGCAUUCCCCAGAGAGGUAAACCUGACUUGGUCGUGUCCGAGGAUGAGGAGUGGAGACGGGUCGACUUCAGCAAAGUUCCCAAACUGAAGGCAGUUUUCCAAAAAGAGAAUGGAACGGUGACGGCAGCCAAUGCCAGCACGCUGAACGAUGGAGCAGCAGCGCUUGUUUUAAUGACCGCAGAUGCUGCAAAGAGACUCAACGUCACUCCACUGGCCAGAAUUGUUUCCUUUGCUGAUGCUGCUGUUGCACCCAUUGAUUUCCCCAUUGCUCCUGCAUUUGCUGUACCAAAAGUCCUGGAUGCAGCGGGACUGAAGAAGGAGGAUAUCACCAUGUGGGAGAUCAACGAGGCCUUCAGCGUGGUUGUGCUGGCCAACAUCAAGAUGUUGGACAUUGACCCUGCAAAAGUCAACGUCAACGGUGGAGCUGUGUCACUGGGACACCCCAUUGGGAUGUCCGGAGCGAGAAUCGUGGGGCACAUGGCGCACAACCUGAAGUCGGGCCAGUACGGGCUGGCAGGCAUCUGCAAUGGAGGUGGUGGAGCUUCAUCUAUCCUAAUCCAGAAACUGUAGGCAGCUUGAUGGGAAGCUUCUCUCUCCUCGACACUCUAAGUUGAUCUGUGUUCACUAUUUGUUGGCUCCAAGUGGUUACUGUGAAGAAUCUGUUUCAACUUACACGACGGUGGCCUUACUCAAACAGCAAAGUAGGAAUCUGCUCACUUGACCUCAUGACUCCAUUGAUUGAAACACUCCUUUGUUUGAUCAAACCUUUUUCUGCAAAAAAAAAGGGGGUAAUAUUUAAUCUGAAGGGUUGAAUAAAUAGUUUUUACAAAACAAGUGUGGUGUAAUUGAUUGGUUCUUGACUAUGGAGUUGAUGGUCACUAACGGUUUCACUGAUGGACAGCAAAGUUUUACAACAGGUACAGAUUACUGUAACAUAGUCACUGUAAUUUCCAAGUUGGCCAGUAGAUGCUGCAAUUUUUCAAUUUUAAGGACAGUCGUUCAUGUUGCAUGUUCAUGUAUUGGUUGUUAUCGGUGGAUAUGUUUUCCGGUAUCGGCCAACGUGAAACUUUUUGGUUGGAUAGUAAGACGCAGAGCAGUAUGCUUGGGGUGAUUUUUAAUUCUUAAAUGUGCAGUAAAGUUCACUGUUUCAGCGCUCUGAUAUCAUUUUGAACAGGAUAUUGUGAAACUUUGUGCUGCACAUCUUUGUCACAACUGAUUGAUGCAAUUGUCUUUCUUUUCUGAGCAACAAAUACAAUCAGGCACUAAGGACUGAAAUUAACCAUUUUUAUCAACACUUUUCCAUCAUUUACCAUCCACCUAAUACAAUAAAAGUUUUCAUUCAAGCA